AUGAAAUAUCUAAGUGUGUUUGCUACAUUUGUGGCCAUUUUAUCCUGGGCAUGUGCUGCGGUGUAUCCUGAUUUCUAUGAAGAUAAAGUGGUAGUACUGGAUGGUAUGGGCACAGAAGAAUUUAUUCUACCCUUUGAUAAACCAUUAUCUGUACGUAACUCAAGUCUAACUUUGAAAAAUUUUGCUCGCAUAAGCCUUCCCGGGGGUCUUAUUGUCCAACGUAACUCAGUAUUUAAUGUUAUUCCUCCUAUUGGCGCUAGUAAGAAAUUGAACUUCACAGUGCGGGGUGUAUGUGCUAUAGAAACUAACUCAAAAUUCACAUAUGAUAGUAGCGGAAACACCUAUGAGGAUGAGGCCGAUGCUGUGAACAAUUUUGUUUUUGAUAUUUAUGGAGAUCAAAUUGGAGUACAGGUGUACAAGGAUUGUUCCAUGAGUGUCACUCUUCCAACCAUAAAAAAUGGUAUACCAAACUACCGAGGAGAAUCCCCAAAUAUUCGUAUGGCUGGUGUAGCUCCAGAUCAAACAGCACUUGAAUUGCGCUAUAUCUCUUGUAUGAUCAUCAGCGGAAAAUUAGAUCUGUUGUCACCAGGUAGUAAGACUGGAUCUCAGUUUGAUAAACCUCUUUGGAGAAUGGACUUUGGAUUGAGUGGAUUACCCAAAAGUAGCCCGAAUACUCCAAGUAUUUUGAGAGAUGAUAUGUCGGGGAAAAUAACAUGUGAAGGGAUACUGGCUGUUUAUAAUGACAUGUUUUCAUUUACAAAUAAUGCUGUGUUGCAUACAUUGGGGUAUAUUGGGUAUUCCGUUGUAUCACCAAUCACUUUGGAUCUGAGCAUGGGGCCAAUUCGUAGGCCAACAAACUAUGAAUAUCUAGUGGCAUUGCCAGCGGGGCAAGACGGCAUCACACUGACAGGCUAUAAAUACACAGCAGAUACCGAUAUAAGCGAUGCUCAUCAGUACCUGUUCUACUAUUUCUACGACAAUGAUGCUACCAAAGAAGACGAGAUUAGUGUAUCUACUGACAAUUCCGAUGUAAGGAUUUUGCAUUCCAACCCAUCACAAACUGUGACAGUGCAUGGUGAUAGCGCCCUGAAUAUUGGAUACUACAAAGGCGACAGAAUCGACUCAUUUGUAGGCUUCGAUGGUCUAGACUUUAGCAAAUACAAGAAGGAGUUAGCGGUAUACUUUUAUGAGUCCUUUCAAUACUCAUCUACCACGACAACGAAGUCUGAUGAGUAUACCACUGAAAUUAUCGAGAUCAUUGUGUCAGGAACACUUGGAAUAGAUAACAAGCCCUCUCCGGUAACGAUUAGUUCAACAAUUUAUAACCAACUACGCGAAACAACUGAGACAGUCGACUUAGGAAAUGGAGUGACGGAAUAUCAUGUACUAGAUUAUUUCCCAGUUCCUCAAGAUGAUAAAGAGCAUCCAUAUGGGACGAGUACUAAAAUAAUUACAUACAGUCCGCCACCUGUGACGAUCACCGCCACCACUGCCGCGGACUAUGUUGAGACCGACUGGAUCUCGUUCUUCAUCACCACGAAUGAUAAGGGUGAGAUUAUUACUGACAGCACACUGUUCAAUGCUACGCGUGACUACAACUUGCCUGAGGCUCCUCACACGUCGUUCGGGCCUGCACCUCCUGCCGAGACCAAGACUGUUGAUCUGGGCAACGAAGUGACUGAGUACCUGGUCAUCAGCUACUGGACGACCACCAACGAGUUUGGUGGGUUGAUCACCACCAGCAGCACCAGGACGUACAGUCCCCCACCUGUGACGAUCACAGCCACCACUGCCGCGGACUAUGUUGAGACCGACUGGAUCUCGUUCUUCAUCACCACGAAUGAUAAGGGUGAGAUUAUUACUGACAGCACACUGUUCAAUGCUACGCGUGACUACAACUUGCCUGAGGCUCCUCACACGUCGUUCGGGCCUGCACCUCCUGCCGAGACCAAGACUGUUGAUCUGGGCAACGAAGUGACUGAGUACCUGGUCAUCAGCUACUGGACGACCACCAACGAGUUUGGUGGGUUGAUCACCACCAGCAGCACCAGGACGUACAGUCCCCCACCUGUGACGAUCACAGCCACCACUGCCGCGGACUAUGUUGAGACCGACUGGAUCUCGUUCUUCAUCACCACGAAUGAUAAGGGUGAGAUUAUUACUGACAGCACACUGUUCAAUGCUACGCGUGACUACAACUUGCCUGAGGCUCCUCAUUUAUCUUCUAGCAUGAAAGAUGUUCUACCUGAGAGUGAGGCUGAUUACACGACGACUAUUGACAAGGGCAACGGUGAGUUUGAGACCGACCUUGUUUCGCACAUCACUACGAAGGACUCUGACGGCAAGCCUACGACGAUUACCACUACGAUCCCAUUGAAGCCAAGUGAAGCCGGCGAGGCCGGCGAGGCCGACUACACGACGACGAUCGUAUCAGAUGGACACACGAUCACGGAGGUAGUAUCUCAUGUCACAACUACAGACUCUGAUGGGAAGACCAUUACAUACAUCACCACGAUGGCGUCAUAUGAUCAAGUAGAUGAGGGUGUGUUCACGUCACCUGCACCUUACUCACAGCCACCAGUCGUGACGACUACAAUUACUGAGGAUGACGGCAGUAGCAAGACUGUUGUGAUCUCUUACUUCCCAUCUGAAGGCGAGGAUGGAGUGACCCGUACUGGCACAACGACUGUGUCGACCAUCACACCUGGAGAAGCCGACUACACGACGACGAUCGUAUCAGAUGGACACACGAUCACGGAGGUAGUAUCUCAUGUCACAACUACAGACUCUGAUGGGAAGACCAUUACAUACAUCACCACGAUGGCGUCAUAUGAUCAAGUAGAUGAGGGUGUGUUCACGUCACCUGCACCUUACUCACAGCCACCAGUCGUGACGACUACAAUUACUGAGGAUGACGGCAGUAGCAAGACUGUUGUGAUCUCUUACUUCCCAUCUGAAGGCGAGGAUGGAGUGACCCGUACUGGCACAACGACUGUGUCGACCAUCACACCUGGAGAAGCCGACUACACGACGACGAUCGUAUCAGAUGGACACACGAUCACGGAGGUAGUAUCUCAUGUCACAACUACAGACUCUGAUGGGAAGACCAUUACAUACAUCACCACGAUGGCGUCAUAUGAUCAAGUAGAUGAGGGUGUGUUCACGUCACCUGCACCUUACUCACAGCCACCAGUCGUGACGACUACAAUUACUGAGGAUGACGGCAGUAGCAAGACUGUUGUGAUCUCUUACUUCCCAUCUGAAGGCGAGGAUGGAGUGACCCGUACUGGCACAACGACUGUGUCGACCAUCACACCUGGAGAAGCCGACUACACGACGACGAUCGUAUCAGAUGGACACACGAUCACGGAGGUAGUAUCUCAUGUCACAACUACAGACUCUGAUGGGAAGACCAUUACAUACACGACCACGAUAUUCAGUAACGAUUGGUUGUUAGUGGAUUCUGAGUUAGACGUUACAUCGAAUUACCCUACUUCAUUUGUUUCCAAGGAAAAUCCUUAUACCACAGUGGAUGCGCAAAGCACUAUCUCUAGCAAUUCUGGAAACACGGUCGUCACUACAAAGACGCCAGCCAAUGGUAAUGAGAAUCAAGGAUUAUCUUCUGUUAAUGGAACUUCAGUUUCUAGUGGACGCAAUACUUUCCGUUCAGUGUCAUUGAUAAUCACAAAUACUUUAGGAUCCGCAGGGCCGAUAAACAAGCCUUCUUAUAGUACUACUUCUGCAUCGAGUUCUGUGCCACAGGAAGUUGCGGGGGACAGUUCUAAAUAUGGCGAAAAUGUAUCAUCUGUGGGCAUUAUGCUACCUCAAAUGUCUAAACCACAUGCCUCAUCUGCUUCAAUCUCAGUUCUUCAUAGUUCAUCACGUCCAGUUAUUUCUACGGGAUCUAGGCCAUCCGAUGUUUCUGCCCGCCCUACCGAAAACACGCCGGCAUUUGGAUCAAUACCGGUUCAAAGCGGCGCUGAGAAUGAUGCUUCCGUGAGUUCGACAAAUGAUAACCAGAAUACACAUACAGCACAGUCACGAAUUCAACAGUUAGGAAAGACUUCCAGCGAUUUAGGGACCACUGCAUUAGUAUUACCGUCAAGCUCCGAUGUUAACAUCAGCCAUACCGGAGGGCCAUCGGACACUCAAAUAGCUUCUGUUUUACAAGGUUCUGGUUUUAAGAUCAAGGUCAAAUCAGAAGUUAUGAUUCUUUUAGUAACUGUGUUUCUCUUUUUAGGAUUCUUGUGA